GUUUGAUCUUCGGUAUAAAUCAUCCUCUUCGCUUUGGCGAGCUGCGUCCCUUUUUCCCUCCUCUCCCUCCCCUCCCCCUCACGAGUCUUUCACGCCGUGCAACGAACGCGAAACAUGAACGAUUCCAGAGCCGCGUCCCCCACGAUCCGGGACUCCACUUCCGCCGCAUCACAUGAAGGCGCUGCAAGGGAGCUCAGCGAAAAAGCCGCCGUUUCUGAAGGAAAAGCGGGUGUCGAUGCGCCCUCCGACGAAGAGAUCCAGUAUCCCCAAGGCGUCCGACUUGCCCUCAUCACCCUUGCGUUGUGUCUCUCCGUCUUCCUCGUCGCCUUGGACAACACGAUCAUUGCCACUGCCAUUCCUAAGAUCACGGACCAGUUCAACAGCUUGGCCGAUGUGGGUUGGUAUGCAUCCGCAUACCUCCUCACGACUGCGGCGUUCCAGCUGCUGUUUGGCCGUUUCUACUCGUUCCUGUCUUUGAAAUGGGUCUACAUCACCGCGAUCGUCAUCUUCGAAAUCGGCUCCCUGAUCUGUGGUGUGGCCCAGAACUCGACGACGCUCAUCGUCGGACGUGCCAUCGCCGGCCUCGGCAGCGCAGGACUCUUCUCUGGCGCGCUGAUCAUCGUCGCCAACUCUGUCCCCCUCACGCAACGCCCGAUGUAUACUGGGCUCAUCGGUGCGAUGUACGGCAUUGCUAGUGUGGCAGGACCUCUGCUCGGGGGUGCGUUCACGGACAAGGUGUCGUGGCGGUGGUGCUUCUUCAUCAAUCUGCCUCUCGGGGGUGUCACCCUCUUCGUCAUUACGUUCUUCUUCCAUGCGCCAAAGACCCACAGACAGGCGAAGCAGGAGAUGACGCGCUGGGAACGGUUCAACCAGUUCGACCCGCUCGGAACGAUCAUCUUCGUCCCCGCCAUUGUCUGCCUGCUGCUCGCGCUGCAGUGGGGUGGAUCCAAGUACCCGUGGUCGAACGGGCGCAUCAUUGCGCUCUUUGUGAUCUUCGCCGUGCUCAUCAUCGCCUUCGGCAUCAUCCAAGUAUGGAAGCAGGACCUCGGCACAGUCCCUCCCCGGAUCUUGAAGAAGCGCAGUAUUCUGUUUGGCGCAUGGUACGCACUGUGCCUCGGCGCGUCGUUCUUCCUGCUCGUGUACUAUCUGCCGAUCUGGUUCCAAGCCAUCAAGGGCGUUACCGCCGUCAAGUCCGGGAUCGACAACCUGCCGAUGAUUCUGUCGCUGGUUAUCGCGUCGCUGAUCGCGGGCGGCAUCAUCACCGCCGUCGGAUACUAUACGCCGUUCAUGAUCCUGUCCUCGAUCCUCAUGGGUGUUGGCGCCGGUCUGCUCUCGACGUUCACCGCAACCACCGGGCACGCGCACUGGAUUGGGUUCCAGAUCAUCUACGGCUUGGGUGUCGGAUUCGGCAUGCAGCAGACGAUCAUCGCGGCGCAGACCGUGCUCGAGCUGAAGGACAUUGCGACCGGAACAUCCCUCCUCAUGUUCAUCCAGACUCUUGGCGGCGCACUGUUUGUCUCUGUCGGCGAGAACGUAUUCACGAACAAGCUUGUGUCCGGAAUCGCCACGCACGCACCGCACGUCGAUCCCGCGCUCAUCCUGCGCGCCGGCGCCACCUCGCUGCGGAACACCGUGCCCGCGGCGGACCUGCCCGGUGUGCUCAUCGCUUACAACGACGCGCUCGUGUCUGCGUUCUACGUCUCGGUCGCGAUGGGCGCGCUGUCGCUGUUCGGUGCGCUCGGCAUGGAGUGGAAGAGCGUCAAAGGCAAGAACAUCGAGAUGGCAAUGGGCUGAGUUCGGCUCCUCUUGCGAUGUGCCUGUAUUUCAUACGUACUACAUAUAUAGAGUCAUUAUAUCAGCCAUCUCAGGAAUU